AUGAACGCACUUAUAUCCGGCCUGCCUCUAGGUUACAGGUUUCGACCCACCGAGGAAGAGCUGCUUGAUUAUUAUCUGAAAAAGAGAAUUGCCUCAGAAAGGAUUGACAUGGACCUUAUCAGGGAUAUCGAUCUCUAUAAAAUUGAACCUUGGGAUCUCCAAGAGAUAUAUGGGGAAGAUGCUAGAGAAUGGUACGUGUUCAACAAGAAUAAUAAGAAAGGCAGUCGCAUAUGUAGAUCCACAGCAGGUGGUUACUGGAAGGAAACAGGAAAGGAUAAGCCAAUAUACUCGAAGCAGGCAGGUGGAAGACAUCAGAUUGGACAGAGAAAGAUUUUAGUCUUCUACAAAGGCCGUUCCUCCAAAGGACAAAGAUCAGAGUGGAUCAUGCAUGAAUACAGACGUGGCGCAACUCCUCAGGAUAAAGAAUGGGUAAUAUGCCACAUCUUUCACAAGAGAAUUAAACAUAAACAGAAAAGAAAUGAGGAAGAUAAUAAGGAAGAUAAUAAAGAAGAUAAUAAGGAAGCAGAAGAUCAAGUGGAAGAGGAAGAAGAAGAGGAAGUGGAAGAGGAGGAAGCAGAAGAUCAACGCAGUAACAGGAAAACGGAGGGGGAACGCAGCGCCGGGGGCACCGCCGGCUGCGGACGGCGCCGCCCGCAGUCUACAGGCGUCGCCGCCCGCAGCCUGCGGGUGCCGCAGGCUGCGGCCGCCGCCACCCCCGAGCACGGCCCCGCGGCUCUUGCAACCUCCGCCGUCUCUAACGCAAACGUUGUUCGUUUUCUUCGGGUAUUACGAUGCUUUGUUGGUGUGAAAGAAGGGGCGGCCAUGGCCAAAAACAGAGGGUCGAAGUUCUUUAUCAUUAAGGGAGGGGCGCAGAGGCGGCGGCGGUUUGUAGGAGGUAGCCCCUGUGGUACCCCACAGGGAGCAGCCGCUAUCCAUUGUGGCGUGUCACAGUGGUGGUUGCCGCCCACUAUGGGUUACCAUAGUGGUAGCGACUGUCGUUGGGGGUCGCCCACAGUGGCAGGUUUCGUCUGCCCCAUUGCGAAUGACCCACAACAAGUGAUGUUCACUCAAUGUGGUUCCCGCAGUGGUGGGUUCCACCCCACCCACUACGGAUGA